AUGCGAUUGGUGGUCAGUUUAGCCAUUAUCGCUGUCAUACAAGAAAUCAUAGCUUAUUACGCUCACAGAAUGUUCCAUCACCGACUGCUGUACAAGUGGACUCACAAGGUGCACCAUGAAUGGACGGCUUCAAUCGCCCUAACCGCCUAUUACAAUCACCCGUUAGACCAUCUGAUUGUGAACAUUUUACCAUCUACUGUGGGUCUUUCAAUCACGAACGCCCACUUUUUCACCUCUUGGAUUUGGUUGACAUGGGCGACUUUAAGGGCUCUGUCAGAUCACUCCGGCUACAAUGUGUUAAAAUUUCUACUUCCGAGACGCCACGAUUUCCAUCAUCACAAAUUCACAGCUUGUUUUGGGGUUUGGGGUCCCCUCGAUUACCUGCACAAUGCCGAAAAUCUGUUCCAGAAAAAUUUAGCUUCAUUGAAAGCCAAGAAAAAAUCCCAGCAAUAA